AUGGUACGCCCCAGCGUAACACAUGCUGUGCGCCCCCUGUAUCAAGAUCGGAGGCCUGUAGAUUUUCGUGAGUCUUUGGCUUCUCUGUUGGAGAUUGGAAGUAGGUACUCUCAGUGGCUCAUCGGCGCUGAAUUGCGGCGCCUUUUUUUUCUGCGAAGACGAUGUCUACCAGACGAGGCCAAGGCCAUGGCCGAGGACAAGGAUGAGGACGUGGACGAGGACGGGGACGUGGCUCGGGAUCAGCACCGGGGCAGCCCAAUCAGAACGAUUCCGCUCAUCGAACAGUACGCGAUGGAAGAGAUGCCCGGCUGUCAUCCUCCCAAGGCUACAACGAUCUAA